AUGGUCCGCCUCGCAAACGCCCUGGGUCUGGUUAUUCUGAGCGUCGCGCUGCUCAUAUUGUCUCUCAUCAGCUAUGUGUCGCUGAGGAAGGACAGCUUCCUCACCUCCUCCAAAUACGACAUGGGAGGGCCGAGGAUAAUGUUCCAUGCAGGAUUUCGGUCCCAGUUUGCCAUGAAUUUCCUGGACCCCUCCUUCAUCCCUUUAACAAAUGCCCUGAACGUGGAGCUCCAAGGGAAACCGUCGAAAUGGAAAUUUAACAAGACGGCGUUUAAUCAGCAAAGGAAGGAGAUCUUCAACUACAUCGACAUCGCCAGCAACUUCUCCCUCACCAAGAGCGGCGUGCGCAUCGGCCAGCUGAUGCACUUCGACUACUCCAGUCACAAAUACGUCUUCUCCAUCAGCAACAACUUCAAGUCCCUGCUGCCGGACGCCUCCCCCAUCAUCAACCGGCACUACAACGUGUGCGCCGUGGUGGGGAACAGCGGCAUCCUGACCGGCAGCCGCUGCGGCACGGAAAUCGACGAGGCCGACUUCGUCUUCCGUUGCAACUUCGCCCCGACGGAGGUCUACCAGAAGGACGUGGGGAGGAAGACCAACAUGACCACGUUUAACCCCAGCAUCCUGGAGAGGUACUACAACAACCUGCUAACCAUCCAGGACAGGAACAACUUCUUCCUCAACCUGAAGAAGCUGGAGGGAGCCAUCCUGUGGAUCCCCGCCUUCUUCCUGCACACCUCCGCCACGGUGACGCGCACCCUGGUGGACUUCUUCGUGGAGCACAAGGGCCAGCUGAAGGUGGAGCUGGCCUGGCCGGGCAACAUCAUGCACGACGUCAACAAAUACUGGAAGACUAAAAACCUCGCUCCCAAGCGGCUCAGCACCGGAAUCCUCAUGUACACUCUGGCGUCCGCCAUGUGUGAAGAGAUCCACCUCUACGGCUUCUGGCCCUUUGGCUGGGACCCCAACACUGGCAAGGAGCUGCCCUACCAUUACUACGACAAGAAAGGGACCAAAUUCACCACCAAGUGGCAGGAGACCCACCAGCUGCCCAGCGAGUUCAAGCUGCUGUACAAGAUGCAUGAGGAAGGCGUGACAAAGCUCAGCCUGUCGCACUGCGCCUAA